CUACCCAGCACCAUGGCCGGAGAGAACAACCAGAACCAAAACGAGCAAGCCAAGAAGUCUCAAAACCCAUCAAACUCAUCUGAUUCUAACCAGUCUCCUACAUCGGACAACGACUCUUCCAAGCCCAACCCGUACCUCGUCCCCGCACCCGUACCAGGAGGGCUCAGCCCACCGCCUUACCACUAUAAGAAGAGAGACUCGGGAGGUAGACAAUGAGUGUCUUUGCCGGCGGUACUUCUGUAUGUGGGGUAAUGAAGUGAGGAUUCGAUGAGGAUGAAAACGGAAACGAUGUCGAAGUGCUCGAUAUCCACGGACCUUUUGACGAUCAUGACGACUCACUAGGAUGAUGCCCAUGCCAUGCCCAUGUAGCCCCAGUUCAGGUCUGUUGUGUUGAGUCGAACGCUAUGCUACUUUGUUGUACUUGUAUUAUAUCAUGCUUUCGCGUAUACCCGCACCUUGGAAUCCAUAUGCACUGCUCUUCUAUACGCGUUUAUAGAAA